UUAACUCAAAAUACAGUCUUGAGGACAUCGCCUUUCCUCUUCCCGACUCUCACCAUCUCAAAUAUCAGACGACCAAGAGCACUCCACGUGGUCGCCAUCUUCCUUGCGACACUACAUAUGUGUCCACCUAGCAUUUCUAGGGUUUCUGGAGAAGAUGGGAAGUUUCGUUGUUGAUCUUUGAGCUGCGCUCUCCUUGUUUCUUUUCAUUUCCAACCCAACGGCUAAUCCAGUGUUGAGAACAGAUAGCUGAAGCAAAGUGGUAAAUAGUUGCUUUGCUUUGUCGGGGGAAAAAAAAUGUGAAGCGGAUAGAGCAAUGUUGUAUUGUUUUCGGACAUUUUCCCAGCAGGGUUCGAAACUUAAAGACUCGAGGGUUUGAGUUGGAUUUUUGCGCUGAUGACAGUAAAGAAUAGAGGGAGUGUUCCAAGGUCACAUGGAGAGGGGUUUUUGGAGCAUAAAGAUAGUGCAUUAGUUAACAACGAUGAUCUCCAAAGCAGAACUAAUGCACUGGAAUAUGAUAAUGAUGGUAAUGGCACAGAUGAUGACUCCAUGAAGGGGAAUUGUGAUGAACACACUUUAAAGCCAAGCUUUUGGAGGAGUUCCCCGACUAAACAUGGAGAACAGAAGAACAAAGGGGUGAUGAGGUAUGAUACUAAGGAAUCAUCUACCAGCACAUUGUCUCCUGGAAAAAAUAGGUUUGAAACAAGACAUUUUAGAUCAUGUGCUUCCAUGUCAGCCCAUCCCGAUCAAGAUGGGACUCUGCAGAUGGAGAUUCUGAUAAAAGGUGAGGAUGGUGCCAAAAAACCAACCUCCAAAACAGCUCACCAGCUAGAUCUGGAAGCAGCUAUUACUUUAGUAGAAAUGGCCAAUGGAGUUCCCGCUUUGCCUGAUGAUGACUUUAGUUUCAGCAGCUCAAAGGACGUGGAGGAUUGUGAUGAUGAUGAGGACAUUUUGCGUGAAACAUAUGGACUGUUGGAUGGUCAUGGACUGAAUACUGCAUUAAGAAACAAAGGGCAGCAACAUGUUGAAGCAUGUGCAAGCAGUGGUCAUGAUGGAUUGGGCACAUUAUUGUUGGAGUGCAACUGGGUGACAAAGAGAAAGCGGAAAUCAGGUGUUAAGUACAUGGACAGGCGCUUAAGAUCUCGAGAGCUGAUUGAUGAACCUUCUUUGAAGAUACAGGAGGGAUGGCAUAAAGUGGAUGCUAAGAAGGAUUCUUUAACUGUACAAUCUGGCUAUUUGCCCUUUUCAGAAAGGAGAGCCAUGGAUGAUAUAACCAUGGAUGAUAUGGUGUCUGAUAUAAAACCAUCAAAGAAGCAGCAUUUUACUUUGGCCACUUGGACGGUUGUUCCUGGGGUCUCAUUUUCCAUUAUCCAUCUUUUUGCUGAUAUCCGUACAGUAUUGGUUACACCCUGUGUGAAAGAUGAUGCCUUCAAAUUUUGCAGUGAGCUUCACUCUGCUGGGAAUCAAGGCUCUAAACAAGCAAAAGAAAAGAAUUUGCCUUCUCUCACCAUUCAUGAAAUUGUCCAGCACAUUAGAGCAAACCCCAGAGAUCCUUGCAUUCUUGAAACCCGGGAACCACUUCAAGAUAUAGUCAGAGGAGUUCUGAAGAUAUUUUCAUCCAAAACAGCACCUGUGAGAGCAAAGGGUUGGAAGCCACUCACCUCUUAUGAAAGAUCUAGCAAAAGCUGGUCCUGGAUUGGUCCAGUUUCUUGUAACUCAUGGUCAGAUCAAGAUAUUAGAAAGGAAGAGAUGACUUCUGAAGGCUGGGGCCUUCCUCACAAAAUGCUUGGGAAGUUAGUUGAUUGCUUUUCCAACUGGCUGAGGAAUAGUCAAGAGACACUUCAACAAAUUGGAAGUCUUCCUGCACCACCCAUGACAUCGAUGAAACAAAUUGUGGAUACAAGGAAAAGUUUUCGAGACAUAAAAACUCAGAAGAGCACUCCAACUAUUAGGCCAAGCUCAGAAGAAGUAAGGAAUUAUUUUCGUAGAGAGGAAGCUUUAAGGUAUUUAGUUCCCUACAAAGCCUUUCCUUAUACAGCAGCUGAUGGUAGAAAAUCCAUGGUUGCUCCUCUAAGAAGGGCUAGUGGCAAGCCAUCUUCUAAAGGUCGUGAUCAUUUUAUGCUUAAACCUGAUCGACCAGCUCAUGUCACCCUGUUAUGCCUUGUGAGAGAUGCUGCUGCUAGAUUGCCUGGAAACAUUGGUACCAGAGAAGACAUUUGUACUCUGUUGAGAGACUCACAGUAUAUUGCAGAAGGCAUCUCUAGCAGACAAAUUAACCAAGUUGUUCGUGGAGGUUUGGACCGUUUGCACUAUGAAGAUGAUCCUUGUGUACAGUUUGAUAGAGUUAGAAAGUUGUGGGUCUACUUACAUGGAGGAAAAGAGGAGGAAGACUUUGAAGAUGAUGCUACCUCUCCGAGGCCCCGAAAACGGCAACAGAAAAUGGCUGGAAGUAUGCUGCUCAAGGAACAGUAAAUGUGAUAUGAUAAGGGAAUCAAGGUAAAAGGUUGUGUGGCUUUGUUUAUAGGUACGUCUUGUGGUUUAAUUUCAAUGUUGGAAAGUGUUUUUAAGUCUUUAAAACCAUUGCAGCUCCCUUAUGAACAUAGAAUUUCAUAGACCUGAAAGUGACUAGAGAAAUGUUUUUAAACAAGUGAGAUCUUUAACUUUUCUUUUUCUAGUUGCCAUGAGGCAACAAGUAAAUGCUUGAGCCAGAUAAUUUAUUUGGGUUCA